AUGUCAUACGUUUUAUGCUAAAACGUAUACUAAUUCUACAAGUUGCCAAAUUCGUGAGAAUUUGUAUGAAUGACCCCUAACCCCACCCCUAAAAAUACCCAUCACUGAGGUUUAGACAAAUCGUAAUGUAUCGAAUUAGUCAUGAGAUAGCGUUGACUCAAUAUAUUUCUGAUUGAGCCAAUGUUAACAGACUGUUGCCACAAUUGAUAAAAUUCAAUUCACACAAAUUCAAUUAGGCCAAUUGAAAACUUUAGAUGUGAACAGUCACUAGAAAAUUUUAAGUUGGAGAGGUCUGAAAUUUUUUAAAGUUAAGAAAUUAUGACAGAAGUAUAUUAAUGUACAGUAGAAUGUAAUUAUGAAAAUAAUAAUAGGACUUAUUAAACAUUAUUUUGUAAGCAGCAUCACACAAUGUUUUGUUCAUGUUUAAAUUUAAAUGGUAAACCUCAAUUGUGCAGCAAUUUGACAAAAAUGUGCAUUUUUAUUGUAAAAAAAAAAAAAAAACUUAACAAUUGGUUAAACUGUUAAAGAAUAUAUGAAAUAUAUUGUUUAUUCAUCCUUUUUGAUUGUUUAUUUCCACCAUGCAGCCACAAAAACCACCGGUCAUGGACACAAUCUCCACUGAGUGCUCACCUCAGGCUGUUGCUGCAAGCCCGCAGAUAUCAACCAAAAAACGGCAAGCCCCGCAACCACCAAAGCCUGUGAACCCAGCUUGCACUCACUCUCCUCCUGUGAUAGUUCUCCAGCCAUUGCCACAGAGCUCAACUGUUGUUGCAAGCCCGCAGAUAUCAACCAAAAAACGGCAAGGUCCGCAACAACCAAAGCCUGUGAACCCAGCUUGCACUCACUCUCCUCCUGUGAUAGUUCUCCAGCCGCUGCCACGAUGCCUGGGCCCUCACCCUCCUCCAUCUGCUGACCCCAAGGUGCAGAAACACGCCACAGAUAUCCUUAGAAAGAUGCUGGAGCAGGAGGAGGCAGAGCUACAGAACCUUCUGGAGGAACGGUCUCGAAACUCCUCCCCUUCACUAGAGAAGAGAAUAGAAAGUUCCAGACGAAGAGCCAAUCAAGUCAGAGUAAAGAUCCAGCAGGAUGUGAUGGAAGGGCCGUUUCAGAACAUAGAACAGCUGAAAAGUCAAGUUCUGACUGAUAUAGUGAAUCGACAGGAGGACAUUCGAGGGCUGCUUUCUGAACUCCAGCAGCAGGUGCUUCAAGACCACAGUGUUGUUGAAGAUCUUGUGAAAAAGAGACAGGUGGUGGACAAACAGGUGGUGGAGCUCAGGGAAAUCCUUGACGACCCCUCCAAUGACUCCCGCAAGAGCAGAAGCUCCAAGAACAGCUCACGGAAUCGCAGGACCUGUUGCUGCUGCAAAUGCUCCUCCUGCUGCCUUAACUGCUGCAGCUGCUCCUCCUGCUGCCUUAACUGCUGCAGCUGCUCCUCCUGCUGCCUUAACUGCUGCAGCUGCUCCUCCUGCUGCCUUAACUGCUGCAGCUGCUCCUCCUGCUGCCUUAACUGCUCCCCAUGCUGCGGGAGCUGCUCCCCAUGCUGCGGCAACUGCUCCCCAUGCUGCGGCAACUGCUCGCCAUCCUGCGGCAGCUCCGACCCAUGCAGCGGCAGCUCCAACCCAUCAAGCGGCAUCUCCGACCCAUCAAGCGGCAUCUCCUCACCAUGCAGCGGCAGCUCCUCCCCAUGCUGCGGCAGCUGCUCCCCAUGCUGCGGGAGCUGCUCGCCAUGCUGCGGGAGCUGCUCCCCAUGCUGCGGCAGCUGCUCCCCAUGCUGCGGGAGCUGCUCUCCAUGCUGCGGGAGCUGCUCCCCAUGCUGCAGCUGCUCCUCAUGCUCUGCCUCAAAUGCUGCUGCCGCUGCCUCAAAUCCUGCUGCUCUUCCUGCUGCCGCUGCCUCAAAUGCUGCUGCUGCUCCUCCUGCUGCCGCCGCUGAUACUAUACCCCCAGCUACAGUUGUCAUCUCGGAUUUUAGAAAAGCCUUUCUCAACUGCUGUACCUGCUCUUCCUGCUGCCUCAACUUGUGCAGCUUCUCCUCCAUCAGCAACAUCCUUAACUUCUGGAGCUUCUCCUCCUGCAUCCACAGCCGCAACUGCUGA